GUGACGUGUACACGGCCGGAUUUGGCAAAUGCAGUCCGCAGCCUCAGCAUCAGAUACUCCAGUAGCUACUCGAAAGAGAACUAUGCCGCGGCUAAACGCGUCCUGCAGUAUCUGAAGGCCACACGAACAUUCGGACUGGUUUAUCGCCUCCGUGAUGCUGCACCACGCAGAGAAUUGCAGCUGCAGGCAUUCAGCGAUGCUGAUCACGCUAACAGCCCAGAAACUUCAAGGUCGGUGACUAGGUAU